AUGGUGAAUGCUGCUUUGGAUCAGAGCGUCGGCUAUGGCAUUGUCAUUGGCCUGGGCGCCCUGUUUGCCGCAGGCAUGAUACUCGUCACAUUCAUUCUGAGACGAUAUAACAGCGAGCUGCAGACAUCUGAGAUGUUCAACACCGCUGGUAGGACCGUGAAGUCGGGCCUGGUUGGAUCUGCUGUGGUCUCAUCGUGGACAUGGGCAGCGACCCUUCUGCAAUCCACCGGCGUGUGUUACCGGUACGGUGUAUCUGGUCCCUUCUGGUACGCCUCAGGCGCCACUGUUCAGAUCCUCCUUUUUGCAACGCUCGCGAUUGAGUUGAAGCGGAGAGCCCCCAACGCGCACACCUUUCUCGAGGUUAUCAAGGCCCGCUACGGCACCAUUCCACACGUUGUCUUCAUGGUAUUUGGCCUCGUGACCAAUAUCCUGGUCUCUCUUAUGCUCAUUGUCGGCGGCAGCGCGACGGUCAAUGCAUUGACGGGUAUGCAUACAGUUGCAGCAAUCUACUUGUUGCCUGUCGGUGUGGUGGCAUAUACGCUCGUUGGCGGCCUCAAGGCGACUAUCCUGACCGAUUGGAUCCACACCUUCAUCCUGCUGGUCAAUUAUCGUCUUCGCCCUUACCGCCUAUGCAUCUUCUGA